AUGUAAACUACUACUACUACUCCGUCCUCCUCUUCACCGGUUAGAUCGGCGGCGGCGGCGGCGAUGAUGAGGGCACGGUGGGCGGCGGGGAUGCUGCGCCGCGCUAGCUCUGGCGAGGCUUCGCUCGCCGCGCGCGCGGUCUUCGCGCGCGGCUUCCUCGGCCUCAACAUGAAGGCGAGUAAGGAGACCAUCGAGAAGAAGGAGAAGGAUAAGGCCAGGCUUAUGGAUGAAAUGAGCAGGGGGUACUUCGCCGACAUCGCAGAGAUACGCAAGAACGGCGGCAAGCUUGCGACAGCGAAUAAGAUCAUCAUUCCGGAAAUCGCAGCCGUGAAGUUCCCUGAUCUUUCUGUGAAGUCCCCUGAUGGCAGGACAGUGAAUUUGCCGCUUGUCGCACCUCCGCGAAACGAUGAUCCCCAGACUGGCAAUACAGUGGACACACAAAAUGAUGAUUGUAAGGCUGGUGAUAUGGUGGUUCCUGAUGCUUCAUUGGUGUGCCUUUCCUUUCGCGCAAGCUCCCAGAAAAUGGCAGAAACGUGGAGCCUACCUUUUCUUGAUGCAUUUAGUUCUGCUGGGAAUAUUCAAGUGUAUGAGGUCUCAUUUAUUGAUUCAUGGCUGUUAUCAUCAAGUCCUGUGAGACAAGUAUUCCUCAAGGUGAUGACAAAAUCCAACAAUCCACAGAGACAUGCUGUAUAUGCCUUUGGUGACCACUAUUAUUUCAGGAAGAAGCUUCAUAUCCUUAACCUUCUUACUGGGUACAUAUACCUGGUUGAUCGCCUCGGAAGAGUGAGGUGGCAAGGUUUCGGAUCUGCGACGCAGGAAGAGUUGUCAUCGCUAACUGCAUGUACCUCCAUUUUGUUAGAUGGAAAAUGAGAUUUAGAUGGAUACUGAAAUAUUUGGGGUUGGAGAAAUUUUGUCAUUGCGAAUCCAUAGCUGUAUCACCUCUCGUUUCAGCAUAUUGAGGGAUGAUUUUUUUUCCUCGCGGUUAAUAAGCGUAAAUUGGAUUGAUUUUCUCCUGCCCAAUGACAUUGUGUAAACAGCAUUGCUUGCAUGUCAUUGUUAUUCUGGGAACUCAAGACGUAGCGUCUGCCAUCAGCUCAUUCGAUCUCAA